AUGUCGCUCAAUGAGAAUGAGCUUUCCCAGCUCCGCGAGUCCCUCCAGGAUGCAGUUGUGAAGUGUUCCGAGCGGGCAGCAGAGCUCCUUAAUGCGAUCCCCGAACCCUCGAUCGAUGCCGCCGCGGCCGAUACCGACGCCCAGUAUGUACCGACCGUCUUCGCAGCGAACGCCGACCCCGAAGAGGGCCUCCUGGAGGCCAAGGAAAUUAACAAGUACCUGCUGGCGAAAGCCCUCUUCGACACAAGGGAGUUUGACCGCUGCGCCGCCGUCUUCUUGCCGGAUUCUGUCCUGUCGGGUGUCCUGAACUCCAACACCGAAGGGUCAUCAGGAGCGUUGAGAGCGUCCAAGGGGAAGGGGAAGACAAAAGUGGAGGCCGAGACGAGGACCGCGGGCAGUAGCACCGAACUGCCCCGGCUCAGCCAGAAGAGCUUGUUCCUGGCCUUGUACGCCAAGUUCAUGUCCGGGGAGAAGCGCAAGGAUGAAGAUUCGGAAAUGGUCAUGGGCCCCCAAGACCUCGGAAACGUAGUCAACAAGCAGCUGAAUGUCGUCAGCCGGUUCCUCAGCAACUGGUUCGACGAGCGCACGACGGACGACGGCGAGGUCCUCGGCAGCCAGGGCUGGCUGGAGUACCUGUACGGCAUGGUCCUCGCAAAGGAGAAGAAUGAGGACAAGGCAAUGGACUACUUUGUGCGAAGCGUCCACUUGUACCCGAUGAACUGGGGCUGCUGGCUGGAAAUGACCCAGCUCAUCAGCCGAGUAGACGAUCUGAGCCGCAUAGCGGAGCAUCUCCCGCAAAACAUCGUCUCCUUCAUCUGGCAUCUCUACACGUCACUCGAGCUCUACCAGGCGACCCCGGAACUCGCCAACUCAUUGGACUCGUUGAUGGGCAUAUUCCCCAACUCAUCUUUUCUCCUCACAUGCAACGCCAUGCUGUCGUACCACUCGAAAGACCUGGUCGCCGCCGAGCAGAACUUUAGUCGGCUUCUGUCACUGCACCCUCACAGGCUCGACUCGCUGGACCAUUACUCCAACAUCCUUUACGUCAUGAACCUGAGGCCGAAACUUGCGUUCCUCGCGCAUUUGUGCUCGAGCAUCGACAAGUUCCGCCCCGAGUCUUGUGUCGUGGUGGGCAACUACUACUCCCUUCUCUCCAUGCAUGAGAAGGCGGUGCAGUACUUCCGCCGGGCCUUGACCCUUGACCGGACCUGCCUGUCGGCAUGGACGCUCAUGGGCCACGAGUACGUGGAGCUGAAGAAUACCCAUGCGGCAAUCGAAUCGUACCGUCGCGCAGUCGACGUCAAUCGCCGGGAUUACCGAGCCUGGUACGGUCUUGGUCAGACGUAUGAGAUGCUGGAGAUGCACACUUACAGUCUCUGGUACUACAAAAAGGCAGCCGGCUUGCGGCCCUGGGACGGCAAGAUGUGGCUUGCCGUCGGUUCGUGCUUGCAAAAGAUGGGCCGCGACCAGGACGGCAUCAAGGCACUGAAGCGGGCCCUGUUGGCAGACGCGUACUACGAUACUGGAAGCAGCUUCGGAAACGGAGGAGAUUUCCUCAACGGUAGGGGCGCCACAGGGCACCUGGACCCGGAGCUGCUCUUCCAGAUCGCCAGCAUGUACGACCAUCUCGGCGAGGAGGAGGAGGGAAAGGCAUACAUGGAGCUUUGCCUCGCGCAGGAGGGCGGAGAAGCCCCCGACGCCGCGCUGAACGAAUCGAUCGCGAUACACAACGAUUCCCCAGGCGCGUCCGACGACGAAGGUAACGGAGACAGCCGCAAGGAGGGCGCGAGCGAGGGCACCGGCGUGACUGCGUCAACAAGCAAGGCCCGCAUGUGGCUCGCGAAGUAUGCCAUGCGGACAGCGGACUAUGUCACAGCCAACCGGCUGGGGACCGAGCUGACGCAGGACGGCUUCGAGGUGGAGGAAGCCAAGGCUCUGGUGAGGGAAGCCAGGGCGCGCAUAAGGAAUGCGGAAAUAGGCCUCACUCCCUGA